CCAGGAAAAAAAAAAGCUGCUUCAUCUUCUUCUUCUUCUUCUUUUCAGAUUCUGAAUCUGAAAACAAUUUCCUUUCCUGUUUGAAAUACAGAAAUCUGAGCAUAGAAGUUCGGCUGUCUAUAAAUACAUAUAUACUUUCUCAACAGAAUUCCAUUGGUUCCUCUCUUCUCUUCUCAGAUUACCCAGAGUCGGUAUUAGCUUAACUUAUUAACUCUCUAGCUCGGUACAUAAUUUUUCCAUGGAGAAGCAAUUAGCAUCAGGAGCAGUUCCAGCUGAGAGGAGUGAAAGACAGCGCCCACCGAUUCCAAAGGCAGCACCUUGGCUUGUUUUCCCUCAUGGAAAAGGUAGGAAAUUUCAGAGUUUUUAUAAUCCAUGCGAACCCAAUAAUAGAAAUUGUAUUAAGUCUAUACCACAGAUGCGUGGAAAAGCAUAUUAUCAUAAAACUUCCCAUCAAGGAUGGCUAAUUGUUAUUGGUAAUGUUGAAGAUAAGGCCGAGUAUUCUGUGGCUAACUCUAAUUUGGAUGAUUGUUUCUUGUGGAACCCUGUGUCAUCCGAAACUAUCCAAUUACCUAAGCUCGAUCGUCGGUCUUUUCCUACAAAAUCAGAAUCAAAAAAACAUUUUCUAUAUGAUUUAGUGUUAUCCUCACCACCUCUUCAAAGUACUAGUAGUUUUACAGGUAAUCCCAACCACGCUGAUGAAUGCACUGUGUUCCUCCUUUUUAGAGGUAUAGAUCAUUUAGGUGAUGUUUGUGACUUUGAGCACAUUCUAGUUUUUUGUCACCCCGGAGAAGAACAAUGGAAAACAAAGGAUUUGUAUGCAAAUGGUGAUUCGUCAGGAUUCCUUGAGUCACUACUUUGCUCUAAUGGUAAGUUAUUUGCUUUCGGUGUUGAAAAUUGGGUCAAAGAGAUUCAAAUAAAAAAACUAUGGCAUAAUGUUGUUAUUGAUAAUCAUACCGAAUACAUUAGGACAUACAAGGUACAGGAUGCCAAUUUCACACUUAUAGGAGGAGGUGAAAAAUUCGAUUUUGGCACGGCUCAGUGGGUUGAAUCUGGUAAUGAAAUCUUCGAAGUUCAUUUAAAUUGCAGCUUAAGAGGUUUUAGAAAAGUUGCGUCGACGUAUAUCUUCAAGUUAGAUUUCUCAUCAAUGGCUUGGGUUUUGUUAAAGACUUUGGAUGAUCAUGUUCUGUUCUUGUGCAUAAACAUGGACACAUUAGACUCUAGAAAGUGUUAUUCAGCUUCCACAUCAUGUUGCUCAGCCACUGACAUGGGUCUUGAAAAGGGGUGCUUGUUUUAUACACUACCCGAAGAUCAAACCUUGUACGCAUUUGAAGUAGAAGACAGUGCUACUACAGUAAUCAUGCCGUGCUUAAAGCUUCCAACUCCAUGGUUUCUGCCCACUUGGAUCAUGAUGCCUACAACAGAAAACAGGCACACUGCUGGAAUAAGGCCAAGGAUAACAGAUUUUCUAGUAAGCCAAGAUACAACUAAAACCAGUAUAGAAGUGUAUGUGGAUAACAUGAGCAGGUUAAAGAAUAGUGGAGGAGAAUUAGAAACAGCAAAACGAUGGGAUUUUCUUAAUGAUUAUGGCAGUACAGAGGCGAUAGCAAAAUAUCUCCACCCAGUGGAUUACAUUCAUUUUCGAUUAGCCUGAAAAAGCAGUUCUAAGUUUCUCGCUGCAUUGAACCUAUUAUCGGCUUCUUCAAGGACCACAGCAGCUACAUAUUUAUCUCCAUGGCUGAUUUCCAUCUUUGAAGAUGGUGAAGAGACCAUCUGCGAUAUCAAAGACCCGAUGCAUAAUAAUGACAAGUAUCUUAUGAAAGUUUCUGAUCAAUUGCUUGUAGGUACUACAAUCCGGUUUUCGAAAGAUGGAUGGCUUUUGUUGUCUAUUGGUAAAAGAACUGUAUUCUGCUACAAUCCCUUCACAAAAGCAACGAUUCGUCUUCCAGAUGUGCCUGAUGGUUAUGCACUUGGUGGAAUGUCAUUCUCGUCUGUACCAACUUCUGGCGAUUGUGUGGUAAUUGUCAUCUCCAAUUGGUUCCCUUAUUUCAGUUCUAAUGAUUUUUAUUUCUUGGUCACUGAGCCGGGAAAGAGAGCAACUGAUUGGAAUAUUUACCAAUUCCGUUAUAAAAGCCACUAUAUAAACGACUUUAUGCCGUGUAUUAACAACCCAGUUUUCCAUAAUGGGGUUUUCUACUGCUUAGAUUAUAACGGAAUGUUGGGAGUUUUUGAUGUAAAAAAAGGUGACCGAGGCUGGGAAGUACUUUCGAAAUCCUUGAAACAAUUCAGUAAUUUUUAUCCUAGUUAUUUGGUGGAGUGUGAUGAGAAACUUUUACUAGUGAAUGUAGGACAGAGUGGAAAAUCAGUAGAUAUUUAUAGAUUGGAUGAUUCGGAGAUGGUCUGGGUUAAACUGAACAGUUUGGGAAAGCACGCAUUGUUCAUCAGCUACACGUCCAGUUUCUCAGUAGUCGCUCCACGGAGUUGCAUGGAGAACAAAAUCUACUUCCCGAGAUUACAUGGGGAAAGCAUUUUAUAUUAUUCUCUUGAUACGUGUAGGUAUCAUUGUGUUGGGAGUAAUCAACAUUCUUCGCAAGAUUUUCAUAAUACAAAGGAACGUUUAAGCUGCACUUGGAUUCAACCAAAUUGGUCUCAGGCAUGAAUGAAUCAGGAGACUGACGGUAUCGUCCAUACUAGUUAGAAGCCAGUUUUAGUUCUCCAUAACUUGUAUUUAUAUUCUCUAAUUUCUUUUAAAUUGAAGAAUUGAAUUUGAAUAAAAUUUCUGCUUCUUUCA